GAUAAAAAUCCUUCAGAAUGAAGAUAUUACAAUUCUCUUUUGGAAUCCCUCUAUUCGGUAUCGUUCAUGGAGGGCGACAAUUACAUGUAAUUUCUCAAAUGGAUAUUGAAGAUGUGAUUCAAGAACUGAAAUCUUUACAAAACAUUGUGAAAUAUCAAUCCCAAAAAAUCUUGGAUUUGGAAGAGACUUCAAAGGAGCAUAUGGACAUGAUCAAAGCGCAAAGAAAUGAAAUCAAAGAAGUAAAGGAUCAGCUGGCGAUAUCAAAGAAAAGGUAUGGCAUGGAUAGCUCCGAUAAAAAACAACAAAAAUCAAACCAUCUACAGAAAAUCACUGCUAAAGCGGACAAGGUCGAACCCAAUGAAAGCCUUAUUCGAAGAGGAAGGAUAACACCACCCUCAUCAAAUGACCACGGACCAGUAGCGUUCUACGCCUACAUGUCGUCAGACAUGACUAACAUUGGUGGUCACCACCCCUUGGUCUUUGAUGUCGUCAAAACAAACACUGGGAACGCCUACCAUCAAAGUACGGGUACCUUCACUGUUCCUCAAACAGGACUGUAUGUUUUCACAUGGUCUGUGAGGGUAACAAGCGGUAGUUAUCAUAGCGUGGAACUGGUUGUCAAUGGAAAAAUGGAAGGAAUUGUCUAUCAACAAAGUAUGGGUAAAGACGACGAUCAAGGCGGCAGCACAAUCGUUAUUCUGGCCAACGAACAUGACGAUGUGUUCUUAAGGACAACAAUGAAUAUGGGUGCAAACAGUGGUUCUAUUCAUAGCAACUCAAAUGGAUUCACAUCUUUUGCUGGAUGGAAAUUAAACUGAA